AUGGAUGCCCAUUUAAAUCCGGAUGUUGUUGCGAGUUCGCCUCGUUUUCGCCGCAAGUCUAGCACCUUUGUGGAUGCUAUACACGAUCUCCCUGAUAAGCCAGAAAUUGCUCCAGCACAACUGUACAGCACAGAGUCUGGCCGUCUAUUUCACUCGGGGCGAAUCGUGAUUAUCACUGUUGGCUUACCAGCAAGAGGCAAAACUCAUAUUUCUGUAGCUAUUGCUCGAUACCUACGUUGGCUUGGGGUCAAAACCCGUAUUUUUCACCUCGGGGAUUAUCGGCGCGCUACCGUGGGCCCAGGACAAGAUUUGCCUGAAGAUUAUUUCUUCGUAAAGGGUAAUAUUGAAGUCCAUCUUAUGCUUACAGCUCCCUUUCUAGCCUCCGCAUCAUCUGUUCUUCUCAGACAGAAAAUUGUAAAAAAAUGCAGGGAUGACAUAUAUCAUUUCUUGAGUGACGAAAACGGCCAAGUUGCCAUAUACGAUGCCGUCAAUCCGAUUGCAGCUGGCCGAAGAUCGUUAGCGAAGGAGUUUGGCAAAUAUGGCAUGGAGACUCUUUUUCUUGAGUCGUGGUGUGACGAUGAAAAAAUCAUAGAAGAAAACGUGCAAAGAGUCAAGAUCUCAUCGCCUGAUUAUAAAGGAUGGGACCCCAAGGACGCAGUAAAGGAUUACUUGUCAAGGAUUUCAGCGCGCAUACCACAAUUCCAAACUAUGGAAGAAAAAGAUUUAAAUUACAUAAAGAUGAUCAACGCUGGUGACAAGAUGAUGAUCAACAAUUGCAGCUUCGGGUACCUCCAUCACCGGAUUAUUUUCUAUCUGUUGAAUCUACAUAUUCAAAACAGACGCACAUAUUUUGCACGGGCUGGGACAUCUCUGGAAGCAGACUCAUAUAAGGCAGAUGCUUCACUUUCUCCUCAAGGUGAAGAUUAUGCUCGCAAAAUGACGCAGCGACUUCUUGAGCAUCGUGAAGAUGAACGGCAGACGGCCAUUGAACAAGGAGACUUGGAGGGACAGAUGCGGCCUCUAAUUGUUUGGACUUCUACCAGACGCAGAACAAUUGAAACGGCGCAGAUUUUACACAGAAAAGGGUUUAAAACGCGGCAUAGAUCCCAGUUAAGUCAGCUUAACCCUGGUGUCUGUGAAAAGAUGUCGGAACGUCGAAUUCGAGAGGAAUUCCCCGAUGAGGUAAUCCAGCAUGACUUGGACCCCUACCAUCAUCGUUAUCCCAGGGCAGAGUCGUACCAUGACCUCGCCGUUCGCCUUGAGCCCAUCAUCCUCGAGCUAGAACGUGAGAGAAACGACCUCCUCAUCAUCGCACACGAGAGUGUUUUACGCGUGUUGUACGGAUACCUGAUGGCUUGUAACGCUGCUGAUAUCCCUUUCUUGUCUUUCCCUCGUGAUGAAAUCAUUGAGAUUAUACCCGCAAGCUACAGUAAUGAAGCUAAAAGGAUACAUGUGCCGGAUCUCCCUCCAGAGAUAAUUCCCGGGUCACCCGAAGACAUCAAAAUACCAGUACCACCAAGUGGCUCCGUCUCCCCAAUAACCGACGGUUCCGCUGGUACUUUGACAAGGGGAGGGACUCCACAAAGUGGCCUAAGAACACCUCGAAACCCUGAGCGGAUCUCACAACUUCAUGUUGAGGAUGUUGUGUAA